AGUCCCCCUGCUGGAGCGCUGCAGCGAGCCGGGCGCCGAGGAUGGCCAAGCCCCGGGGACUCCGCGGCCACCUGAUCUGCCUCCUGGCCCUCCUGCUGCGCGGACUUCCCCGGGCCAGGGCAGAUGGCCUUGUGGACGUGCUCCAGGCAUUUGGCGUGCGGGAGGGCAAGAAUGGCGUCUCCAUGGCUGCCGGGAUCUGCACCCAGAGGAAUGGAUCUGAAGAAAGCGACCUGGCCUUCCGUCUGGAGAACCAGACCCACUUCAGCGUCCCCACCAGGCAGCUCUUUCCUGAUGGUCCUUUCCCAGUGGAUUUCUCAGUGCUAGCCACACUGCGAGCGCUCAGAGGUAGCCAGUCUUUUUUGUUUUCUGUGUAUGAUGUGCGGGGAGUACAGCAACUCGGGGUAGAGAUCGGACGUUCGCCUGUCUUCCUGUAUGAAGAUCAGCAUGGCCGCCCCGUGCCUGAAGACUAUCCUCAUUUUCGCAGAGUCAACUUGGCCGAUGGCAAGUGGCAUCGCAUAGCUCUGAGUGUGGAAAGGGGGAACGUGUCCCUGAGUGUUGAUUGCGAAGACCCUAUGACACUGCCCCUGGAGCGAGAUGCACACCCCGUCGUCAGCGUCGAAGGCAUCACCUUGCUUGGAGCGCGGCGGCUGGAUGAAGAUGUUUUCGAGGGGGAUCUUCAGCAACUGUUAAUUGUGCCGGAUCCAGCUGCCGCUGCCCACUACUGCCAACACUACAUGCCGGAUUGCAACAGGCCACUCACCUACGCGUUGCAUGCCCAAUAUCCUGAAGAGAAUGUUCCCCGCAGGAAGGGCAAGCGAGGGAAGGGCAAAGGAAAGGGCAAGGGCAAGAGAAGAGGGAAAGGCAAGAAGAAGAGGAACAAGGAAUCGUCCGAGAUGUCCUCAGUCCCUCCGGCCCCGAGCCAGUACGAGAUGCCAACAGAAGCCAUUCCCACAAGACCAGCUGCUCAUUUCUGGGAGGAGAGUCCUGAUGCAGGGCCUGAAGUUCUCACCCCAACCACUGUGACAGUCAACUUUAACUUCACUGGCAACUAUGAGGACCUUCUAGGAGAAGAGUACGUGAUCAGUGAGGACACAGACCUGGAUGGGAAUGACACGUAUAGGGCUUAUGAUGACAGGCUUGACUACAGAGCCAGGGACUAUGAAGACUACUAUGACCGAAGGGAAGAGGCUGAGGAAGAGAGAUUUGAUCCUGCCGAACGCAUCGAAGCCACUGUCCAGGUCGCCCAGGAAACCAAUCUGAAGGGACAGAAAGGGGAGCCAGGAGUCCUAGAUUCUGGCACUCGCUUUGUGGGGCCAGCCGGAUACCCAGGACCGGUGGGAGAGCCAGGCCCAGUGGGACAAGCAGGGCCUCCAGGAUUCCCAGGGGAUCCCGGUGAGCGGGGACCCCCGGGACUCCCAGGCCUUCCAGGAGCUGAUGGCAUCCGUGGACCUCCUGGGACAAUGAUUAUGUUACCGUUCCAGUUUCGUGGUGACUCUUCUAAAGGCCCUUCGGUUUCCUUUCAAGAAGCCCAGGCUCAGGCUAUUUUGCAGCAAGCCAAGCUGUCUAUGAAGGGGCCCCCUGGUGCUAUGGGCCUCACAGGCCGGCCAGGGCCAUUGGGUCUGCCAGGUAAUUCAGGAUUUAAAGGAGAUGCAGGUGAAGACGGACCACAGGGUUCCCCUGGGAUACUGGGGCCAGUUGGCCCCCCAGGGAAAACUGGCAAGCGGGGACGCUCAGGAGCGGAUGGUGCCAGAGGAUUGCCAGGGGAGACUGGACCAAAGGGUGACCGGGGCUUUGAUGGGCUCCCAGGACUUCCUGGCGAGAAGGGGAACAAAGGAGAAAUAGGGAAGCCAGGCCCACCGGGAGCGCCUGGGGAGGACGGAGCUAAGGGUUCAGAUGGUAUUCCUGGUGCCUCAGGACAGCCUGGAGAAGCUGGCUUGCGUGGUUUGCCUGGCCCACGAGGCUCCCCUGGCCCCCUGGGUCCGCCGGGCGCCAGCGGCAUUGAUGGGGCCAUUGGACCCAAAGGCAAUUUGGGCAUACAGGGAGAACCGGGUCCCCCAGGACAACAGGGAAACCCUGGGUCUCAGGGUCUCCCUGGUCCUCAAGGUCCGGUUGGGCUUCCAGGAAACAAGGGUCCACCUGGAAAACCAGGAAUUCCAGGACAGCCUGGUGUGGACGGACCCCCGGGUCAUCCAGGAAGAGAAGGGCCACCUGGAGAAAAAGGAGCCCAGGGUCCAUCCGGGGCAGCAGGACCAGUUGGCUAUCCAGGCCCCCGUGGAGUCAAGGGGGCUUUUGGAGUGAGGGGCCUGAAAGGAAGCAAAGGUGAGAAGGGAGAAGAUGGAUUCCCUGGCUUCAAGGGUGACAUGGGACCCAAGGGUGACCGGGGUGACGGUGGCCCACUGGGGUUACGAGGUGAGGAUGGACCGGAGGGGCUGAAAGGGCAAGCAGGUCCCUUGGGGGAAAUCGGUUCUUCUGGCCCACCUGGUGAGAAGGGGAAGUUGGGCGUGCCGGGCUUGCCAGGCCAUCCUGGCCGUCAGGGACCUAAGGGCUCGACUGGAUUUCCUGGACCUGUGGGCCUCAUUGGAGAGAAAGGCAAACGGGGCAAAGCGGGUCAGGCUGGACAGCCUGGACAACGUGGUCCCACGGGUCUCCCAGGCGAGCGUGGUUUGCCAGGACCCACAGGGAAACCAGGGCCAAAGGGUGAUACUGGCCAUGACGGGGCACCUGGAAUUGUAGGGGAAAAGGGACCUACUGGACCACAAGGCUCCCAUGGAUUUCCAGGACCCAAGGGACCACCUGGACCUGCCGGAAAAGAUGGCUUACCAGGACAUCCAGGGCAACGUGGAGAAGCGGGAUUUCAUGGCAAAACUGGCCCCCCGGGGCCUGCUGGGGUCGUGGGACCGCAGGGAAACUCUGGGGAAACCGGCCCUAUGGGAGAGAGAGGCCAUCCAGGCUCACCUGGCCCCCCUGGAGAACAAGGGCUACCUGGUGCUGCUGGAAGGGAAGGCGCUAAGGGUGAUCCUGGCCCCAGCGGCAACCCGGGCAAAAAUGGCCCGACCGGAAUGAAAGGCUUCACUGGGGCUCGAGGACCCGCUGGAGAGAUUGGGCCAACUGGACUGAAGGGAGCUGAAGGGCCACCCGGCCCUCCAGGCCCCACGGGUUCCCAUGGCGAACGAGGCCCCUCAGGAGCAGCUGGGGGCAUUGGGCUGCCAGGACGUGGGGGUAAUCCAGGACCUCAGGGCCCUGCAGGGGAGAAAGGGGCACCGGGUGAGCGAGGUCCGAUGGGCCCAGCUGGGCAUGAUGGAAUCCCAGGUCCGGUGGGACUCCUUGGGCCAGCCGGGCCACCAGGACUGGCUGGAGAAGAUGGUGACAAGGGAGAGAUGGGCGGCCCAGGACAGAAGGGAAGCAAAGGGGACAAGGGGGAAGCGGGUCCCCCAGGGCCGACUGGGAUCCAGGGACCCAUUGGGCAUCCAGGCCCUGCUGGAGUGGAUGGGGAAACCGGACGGCGAGGGCAGCAGGGUAUGUUUGGCCAGAAAGGAGAUGAGGGAGCCCGUGGAUUCCCAGGAACCAGUGGCCCACCUGGUUUACAGGGAAUGCCAGGCCCCCCGGGAGAGAAGGGUGAGAGCGGUGAUGUUGGCCCAAUGGGCCCACCAGGUGAUCCCGGACCUAGAGGCCCACAGGGUCCGAGUGGUGGAGAUGGCCCACCAGGGCAACCAGGUGGCAUAGGGCAGCCUGGUGCUGUUGGAGAGAAGGGUGAAGCAGGUGAAGCAGGCGACCCUGGACCUCCCGGAGAACCAGGACGACCGGGAGUAAAGGGCUAUGCCGGUGAAAAAGGAGAUUCCGGCCCAUCCGGGGCUGCGGGACCCCCUGGCAAGAAGGGACCCCCAGGAGAAGAUGGGUCCAAAGGGAAUCUGGGUCCGAUAGGCUUUCCUGGUGACCCAGGCCCAACUGGAGACCCUGGCCCUCCUGGUCUUGAUGGUUCUUCGGGUGAGAAAGGAGACCUGGGGGAUCCUGGACUUCCAGGACCCCCUGGAGCUUCUGGGGAGCCAGGUCCUCACGGAUCACCAGGGAAGAGGGGACCUCCUGGGCCAUUGGGCCGUGAAGGCCGACAGGGUGAGAAAGGGGCCAAGGGGGAACCUGGCACAGAAGGGCCCCCAGGGAAGAUGGGCCCCGUGGGUCCCCAGGGGCCUCCAGGCCGACUUGGCUCAGAAGGUCUACGUGGGAUUCCUGGCCCAGCAGGUGAACAAGGACUGUUGGGAGCACCAGGUCAGGCAGGUCCUCCGGGGCCCAUGGGUCCCACUGGACUCCCAGGCCUCAAAGGUGACCCUGGGUACAAGGGAGAGAAGGGCCAUGCCGGACUCAUUGGGUUGAUCGGCCCCCCAGGUGAGAUGGGUGAGAAAGGUGACCAGGGGCUGCCAGGGAACCAGGGAACACCAGGCCCUAAGGGCGAUCCCGGAAUUGUUGGACCCAUUGGCCCUCCAGGCCCGCCAGGAUCUCCCGGCCUCGCUGGAGAUCUUGGGCAGAAAGGCAAUAAAGGCUCUCCAGGACCUAUUGGACCACGAGGUGAUCCGGGACCUCCUGGACCACCAGGGGAACCAGGUCGUCCUGCUGAGCUCCGGGAUCCUCUGCCCCUGGAGAGCGGCCGUCCGAGUCGUCGUGACUGGGAGCUGGGAGAGCAGAGAGACGCGCCCAGCGAACUGGAUGCUGACCCUGAUGCCAAUGGCCUGGCGGAAGUCCUGGCAGUCCUGAGCUCCCUCCGCAAUGAGGUGGAACAAAUGCGGUGCCCUCUAGGUACCCCGGAGAGCCCAGCCCGGGUCUGCAAGGAGUUGCAGUUUUGCCAUCCUCACGUCACAGAUGGUGAAUACUGGAUUGACCCCAACCAAGGCUGCAGCCGUGAUGCCUUUCGGGUUUUCUGCAAUUUCACAGCUGGUGGGGAAACUUGCUUAUUCCCCGACAAGAAAGUUGAGGCUGUACGACUCGCCGCCUGGAGCAAAGAGCAGCCAGGAAGCUGGUUCAGCACCUUCAAGAGAGGCAAGAAGUUCUCCUACGUGGAUGCGGAUGGCAACCCAGUCCGGGUGACCCAGCUCACAUUUCUGCGCCUGCUCAGUGCCAUCGCCCACCAGAAUUUCACCCUUCUUUGUCAAAACAUGGUUGCCUGGUAUGAAGCCGACAGCGGGGGCCACUCUCGGGCCUUGCAUUUCCUUACCUACAGCGACACGGUGCUGAUGCACAACAGCACGGGUGCCCCCAUCCAUGCCUUGUAUGAUGGCUGCCAGGCACGCAAGGGCCAGGAGCGAACAGUCCUGCAGAUCGUAACACCUCGAGUGGAGCAGCUGCCAUUGACUGAUGUGGCUGUCCAGGAUUUUGGGGACACCAACCAGAAGUUUGGCUUUGAGCUUGGGCCUGUCUGCUUUGGUGGUUGAGCCCUUCAAACGUGGACAGCUCCCUUUAGAUGGUGGACUGCCCCUGGCGAAGGGAGAGCUAAAGAUCCCCCUCUUCCUGCAAUGGAGGAGAGGAGCUGGCCCCGCCGAGGCCCCGCCGAGACCUGCCGUUGCAUUUAACCAGAUGACAGCCUCCUAUUUAUGCGGCCAAGGUCCUGGGCCAAGACUCUUGGGGGGAGCAUCGCAGGGCCUAGACUGAGCCAUGGCCCUCCCGAUCUGCAGCCCCAACCAAUGGUGCUACGGUGAUGCCUUAGUGAAGCACUGGACUGACUGCCUGGAACUGGCCCAUCUGCAGGGAUGGUGCAAUGGAGACCGUUCCCCACACUUCUGACCUCCUCCAGUAAGGGUACACGGGCAUCCAGGUCUUGCCAGGUGCAUUUUGGGAACUCAGGACCAAUCUAUUGGCAAAGCCAACUACAAAUAGACACGGACAUAGGGAUCGGAUGUGGGAAAUGGCUGAAUGGAGCCAGCCACUAGAGAUGACUUGGAUUCUGAUUAAAGUGGUGCUCAAGGUUCAAGGUUUGACCACAAGGAACCCAGAACCUCCAUGUUGGCCCAGCUGAAUUCAGCUCAGUUGAAAAAUACCCGCUUUGGUAUGGCAUGAUGUCCACCUAGCAUUAUCCGAGUAGUACAGAUCCUUCUGAGACAUACUGGGAGCGGGGUGGAGAAAGUGUCAUCUCCACCAAGAGUUGCCCAGAUGCUCUGCUCAAAGUCUGUAUCCCCUUUCGACCAGAGUUCACGGUCGCCCGAUUCUGCCCUGUGCCCAGAGGUACUCAUGUAAAGUGGGGCAAACUCAGGGGAGCUGGGAAAGAGGAUCAGUCUUCCCUCCUCCGUGAAAAUCCCAGCGAUGAACCUAUAGUCACCACUAUGCAGUGACGAGGCUCUUGGAAGCACUGAUCUUCAAGCUCCUCAUCAUCUUUUAUCAUUCCGUCCAUCCUGGGCAGACCAUGGAGGAUUCUGGGUUCUUUUUUCCAGAUCUUGUUUCUCUGGUUUGGCACAUGUGCCUGUAAAAUAUGACUGGUGCUUCCAAUAUACCUGUCAUUUCAUAUCCUCUUUGGGGAAGAAAGAUAAUAAGGUGCAGGUUGGUUCCUGCCACUCUAAGAAUCUGUACAUCUUAGUGAGCCUCUUGUUGCUCAAAGUCCUGAGAGUGGAUACGGGACAAAAGCAUAUACCCUCUGUGUUGUCCCACUUUCAGCCCUUGACACUGACCUUUUUUCAAACUCAGUGGUGCUAAAUGCUAAUUUUUUCAAAAGAUUCCUCCUUGUAUCUCAGGCUGUGGGGCCAGUUAGGCAUGUGAUGUAUGUGUGCGUGCGCGCCCGUGUGUGUUACUGUUAUCAUCUAACAACCUGUAUUAAACCUCAG